AAAUGUCCGAGAAUUACUUUCACCCUGAAACUUGUGAAAAUAUAGGCUUAUUCAGUAAUCUUAACUGUGGGGAUAUCUAUAAGAAAUUGGGUCUGUUAUUUGCGGACAUUAACGUUUGCCUACAAUUUUUCACAGUUUUCAUAAAUAUUUUACAUUUGAUCGUUUUAUUUCAAAAAGAGCUACGAACAGGUGCAAUUUAUAUUCUGAUGAUUGGAAUUUGUAUUGCUGAUAUUCUUGGUUAUUUGCUUGAUUUUUACAACGUUAUGAUUGAAAGAACUUGGAUUAGAUGGAUUUCGUUUUAUUCAAACAUCGAUUGCCUGCGGAAAGAUUUAACUUAUGUCGAUGUUGUGGAUUUUAUUUACAUAUUUGUGUUUAUGGCACGACCUGUUGCUGUUUGGCUGGCGAUGCUGAUGGCGUUGAUAAGAACUUUAUCUGUAUUUUUUCCGAUGAGCAAUUGGAUUCAAAAGCUUUCAAAACCAAAAAAUGCAAUUUUUAUGAUUGUUGUAGUGUUCACAUUUUGGACAAUAUGGCAUUCAUGUCAGUUCUUUGCUAUGACAUUACGCAGGUACCGGGAUGUAUUGGAUAAGUCUUGUUACAAUUACGAAGAACAUCUCAACCACACCAACUCUGUUUUGGUUGUCUCUGUGUACGUGUCGAACAUUUAUGUAAAUCGCAAGCAGUUGGAAACUUACUUACAAUUUAUCCUAACCAUUUUAUAUCCAAUUCUAACAGUCAGUCUACUUAUUCAAUUGAGAACCAUAAAGAAAAAGAGAAAUAAUAUGAAUAAAAAUGCGUUAAAUGAUCGAUCGGAUAAUACAACUAAGUUGAUUCUCGUCAUGACUAUAUUCUUCAUGACAUCUGAGGGUCUCCCUGGGGUUGUGUCAUUCAUCCUUGAAAGGAUUGCUAGAGCAUCUACGAAUACCGGAACGAUGGAAGAAGUAGCAUUGUUUCUCGGAGCUGCACAACAUUUUUUAAUAAAUAUCCGUACACUUAAUGGAAUUUCUCAUGCUUUUAUAUGUUUCGCAAUGUCCUCGCAGUAUAGGGACACUGUGAAGAGAAUGUUAUGUAUCACGGAGCAACAAGCAGGACAAGUUAGAAAAAAAAGUUUCAGUCUAGAGAUAAAAUUGUACUUCCAGAAUAUAUUUGUCUUUUCAACAACUUCAAUGAGUUUGAAGGAUAAAAACAAGAAAAUAACAAAACCUAAUUGA